AUGACAAUAUUAAAAAACCCAGGGCGUACGACAAGGCGGCGCUCGACUUCCGCGGCUGCAAGGCCAAGACCACCCAUCCCCAACGAUAUCCCGGCUCCCAAGGCGGUUGAUGGCCUGGAGAACAGGCAGAGCCCCAGCCAGAGCAGCACAGUCGAAUCGUCCGGGCCACCUGUGGUGCCGCGCCAGUUGGAUUUCUUCCGCCCUCUCCCUCCUCCUCCUGUUGUCGGCGGCGCUGAUGCUGGGUUUGUCGGCAGGUUUCCUUUCGUUUUCCAGGUGAAUCAGCCGCCGCCGCCGCAGUGCGCUGUGACUCCGGUGUGGUUUUUUGACGGAAUUGUGAAGCCAGAGCUCCCACCCUUGGCCGUCGAUACCUACAGCCGGUGCGACGAGGGGGAGCAGAGCGAGACGGAUUCGACGUCGUCGGUGGUUUUAGAUUGCAAGGCAACCGGCAAGCGGCGGGAAGUUCUGGAUCUGGAUCUGGAUCUCAACCUCGCCCCACCAGUGAACGCUUGA